AUGGCAAUAUCUCCACCAGACUACGUGACCCAAGACCGGGGUCUGAUUAUCGAGAACCGGCACGCCAUCCAUGCGGCGAUCACCAACGCCUCGGGGAGGCUACUCUAUGCCGUCGGCGACCCCACCCGCCUCACCCUAAUCCGCUCAGCCGCCAAGCCGGCUCAGAGCGUGGCCGUGCUCGAAGCGCUAGCCUCUCCUUCUCCGGACUCAACACUUCCUCCAGACUUUACCCUUUCGGACGAAGACGUCGCACUCAUGUCCGCGUCUCACUCUUCCGAAGAAGCGCACUUGGACCACGCGCGCGCCCUCCUCCGUCGAGGAGGCAACUCGCCUUCUGACUUAAAGUGCGGAGGCCAUCCCGCCAUUUCUCCGGCCGUUAAUGAGAGAUGGAUUAGGGAAGGGAUAGUACCGGAGGGAAUCCACAAUAACUGCUCGGGCAAACAUGCGGGCAUGCUUGCAGCGUCUCGAGCCCUCGCCUCGGACGGGUACCAUCUCCCCAUCCACCCGAUCCAAGUCCAGGUCAAGGAGGUGGUUGAAGACCUUGUUGGCGGACUUGGAGAAGUGAAAUGGGCGGUGGACGGCUGUAACCUCCCAGCCCCAGCAAUGCCCCUCACCUCCCUUGCGACAAUGUACGCUUCCUUUGCGUCUGCCGACCCCUCUUCCCCUCAAGCAAGAGAGAGGCAUAUGGCCAGAGUGUUCGGGGCGAUGCACGAGCACCCCUUCCUCGUCUCUGGGACGGGACGGUUCUGUGCCGCUAUCGCCUCGAUUCCCGGCGUCGUUGGCAAGGUUGGGGCCGAUGCUUGUUAUGGUGUUGGAAUUCGGGGGGAAGGAAUUGGAAUCGCGGUCAAGGUCGAAGAUGGGAACAUGGAUAUUCUCUGGGCCACCGUCGCGGAGAUUAUGGAACGGUUGGGGGUCGGGACGGCGGAGGAACGACGGGCGAUGGACAAGUUCCACAGGAUCGAGAGACGGAACACGGCGGGGAUCAAGAUAGGAGAAGUGGCUUUCCCUUUUGUACUCCGCGACAUGAGGGAGGCUUAG